CAUGAAUUUCUAAUGCAUAUUUUAAUAUUCAAAUAUUUAUUGAGAUUCAUCAAACACCUUAAACAAAUAAAGAGUGGGAAACAGAUAGGAAGCAUCACAAAACAAAUCAAGCUUUUCCCCCUAUUUAUAUAAACCACAAACUUUCAUCAAGUUUCGGACACAAACAUGAAAAAUGUCUCUUUAGUUUUCUGGUUUUGUCUCUUCUUAAUUUCUUUUCUAAGAGAAUCCAAGGUAGCUUCUCAAGGAGAAGGCCAUGGAGUUUACAUUGUUUACAUGGGUGCCAAGGGUUCAUCUGAUGAUCAGCUUCAACUUAUGAGCUCCCUAAACAAGGAGAAAGAGUGCAAUGGUGCACAGCUACAAAAAUAGUUUCUCAGGAUUCGCAGCGCAUUUAUCAGACGUUGAAGCUCAAUCGAAUGCUCAACAACCCGGAGUUGUCUCUGUUUUUCCCGAUCCAGCAUUUCAACUCCACAAGACGCGAUCAUGGGAUUUUCUGAACCAUCAAUACGAUCUGGAAUAUGGCCGGAAUCAGAAAGUUUUAAUGACAAGGGAAUCGGUCCAAUCCCAUCGCGAUGGAAAGGAACUUGCACCCGAGGUUAUGAUUUCAAUUCUUCCAGCUGCAACAGGAGACUGAUCGGGGCAAGGUUUAAUGACGAUCCUGGCGAAUUUAAAACGCCUGUUACGGGGACACCUAGGGACCACGACAGGCAUGGUACUCAUGUUGCAGCCACAGCAGCGGGGAGUCCAGUGGGAGGUGCAUCCUAUUACGGGUUAGCAGAAGGAACAACCAAGGGUGGGUCUCCAGGGUCCAGGAUUGCAGUAGACCGUAUACGUAGGUUUGAAGUUUGAGGGAAUUGGGCAAAUAAGGGGAUAUUAUGAGUUAUUAUUUAGUUGGGUCGGGUUUAAAUGAUGAAGCGGG